AUGACCAAAGUCCAAACCAUCACAUAUUUCCCGCUCUUUUGCGCCAAACAAACACUAUUACCCCAUGCCACUAAUUUUGCAAAGAGCUGGAAGAAGAUGAUGACACCGAAGAUCAACUUGGAAGUCGGAGAGAUCCUCCGCCACCGCCGACUCUACCCAUCGAUGGUGGACAGCCCGGAGCUCCGCUGGGCCUUCAUUCUCAAAGUCUAUGCCAUCCUCACCGUCCAGUUGCUCCUCACCAUUGCCGUCGCCGCCACCGUCGAUUUGGUCCGUCCGAUCGCUUACUUCCUCUUCAAAACCCUCGCCGGCUUGCUGUCAAUAUCACCGGCCGUCUUCAAGGUGAUUUUGGAGGCUUGGGGUCUAACCACUGUGAUUUUCAUUGGCUUGACAUUGUACACAUUCUGGGCUACAAGGAGAGGCCGCGAUUUCGGCUUUCUUGGUCCUUUUCUAUUUGCAGCUUUGGUUGUUCUUCUUGGAUUUGGUUUGAUUCAGUUAUCUAGCUCUUUCUGUUUUGAGAUGAUUUUUCACCCUUUGGGUAAGAUCAGUCAUAUGAUAUACGGCAUUGUGGGUUGUAUCAUCUUCUGUUACUACAUUGUCUAUGACAUGGAUAAGCUGAUUAAGCGCCACCACUAUGACGACUACAUGCUGGCUGCAAUCGAGCUGUAUUUGGAUGUGAUCGCAGCUAGUGAUAGCUAA